CAAUUCAAGCAUAUGUGUAAAUAUUAUAAAGAAUUAAAAAAAACAGAAAAGCGUCUUCCUCCUCGUUGCUUUAAUUCAAAAGCUCAGAUUUUUUAUUUGCUUUCACUUUUGUCUUUACCCUUCCCUCUCCCUCUUUCCCAACACACUUCCCUUUCCUUCGUCUUGAUUUCAAAUCUAGGGUUCCUUUUGCUUUUCUUGGCGUGUUUGUAUAAUGCACACUCCAAAUCCAACGACAGCUGCUGCCUUGUUGAACUCCUCUCUGGUUUGAGUGCCUUAAAAGUUUAGAGCUUUAGCCCUUUGAACUGUCUCUGCCAAUGAUCAGUGAUAAGCUUUGUUCCUCUCUUCUGGGUUUUCCUUCUUGUUAAUUCUUGAUUCAGCGCUCUAGUCUUUCGAUUUUGGGAGGGGGGUUUGUAGCAAGUAAAUGCAUGGAUGGGAGGGAAAGCAUGGCAUUAUCUGGGUCUUCUUCUUCUUACUACCUCCAUAGAGGGGUUGGUGGGUCUGGCUCUGCGUCUGGGUCACAUGCCCCACCAAGUGUCAGGCCAAACACAAACCCUAACAUUUCAGUUCAGUCCAGUGGGAGGGAUGGCACUAUAGGGCCAGCAUUCCCUUUUCAGAGCACAUCACCCAGUUUUCCUCAUGGCCUUAACGUGGCUGUGGUGCCCUCUGCUGUGGGGGAGCCUGCCAAGAAGAAGAAGAGAGGGAGACCCAGGAAAUAUGGCCCGGAUGGGACCAACGUGUCUUUGGGACUCUCUCCAAUGUCAGCUACACCUCCGGCUGGCGAGAUCACGCCGACCCCGAAAAGGUCUCGGGGCCGGCCACCUGGCAGUGGGUGGAAGCAACAAUUGGCUCCCCUUGGUGAAUGGAUGAACAGCUCAGCUGGACUGGCUUUUACACCACAUGUCAUCGAUAUUGCAGCGGGAGAGGACAUUGCCUCAAAAAUAUUAUCAUUUUCACAACAAAGGCCAAGGGCUGUGUGCAUUUUGUCAGCUAAUGGUGCAGUUUCAUCAGUCACACUGCGACAACCCACAUCCUCUUGCAAUACCAUGAGAUUUGAGGGGCGUUUCCAGAUAUUAUGCCUCUCAGGCUCAUAUUUAGUUGCCGAAACUGGUGGUCCUCACAAUCGAACAGGUGGUUUGAGUGUUUCCCUUUGUAGCCACGAUGGCCAUGUUAUUGGAGGUGGAGUUGGUGGUAUGCUUAUUGCAGCAAGCCCAGUUCAGGUGGUAGUGUGCAGCUUCGUAUAUGGUGGUUCCAAGUCCAAGGAAAAGGCAGUCGAUGGUACAAGAAGCGAACAGAAUUCUGCAGCAGCCAAGCCUUCUGAAAACUCACCUCCACCAGCUACUGCUACUUCCAGCCAAAAGAUCAGCCUGCAUUCAUCACCUGGGUUUUGGCCUGGUUCGAGGCAGGAUACGAGGAAUCCCCACCCCGAGAUUGACCUGACGCGUGGAUGAUAACCGAAAAGCACAUGACAACUGCUGUAUAUAUGUGUUUGUUGUAAAUGAACCGCGUCGAGGAUAUCUGCAAACUCUUUACUGCACCCUUUCUUACCGGUAGGCGAUGGUUGUGCUAACAUGUUCCUAACAGUCACCACUUGACUUUCUUUGAUGAGCAUUGCAGAAAUCUCUGGUGAUCUGUAAUUUCCUUGCCCUAUUAUUAUUACCAUUUGUAGGACCUGAAAAUGUUUAUUCUCAGAUUGAACCCUAGUCUCUGCCAUUGAUGAGGGAUUCUCUUCUUUGGGCUUAUUAGCUGAGGCUGCCAUUGAAACCCAGCUAGAUCUUAUUCUUCAUUACAAGUGUUCAACCAAAUAUUGAUGCUUAUCUGCUUAUUGAAGAGAAUCAGGUUUCUCACUUGAUCUUUUCUUGAA